AUGGUUGAAUCAAGAUUUUCAUGUUUUGAUGGUAUUAGUGAUCCUGAUAGACGUAAGAAGAUAUCAUUACGUCUAGAAGAUGAUGCAUUAACAUGGCAUGAAGAGAAUAAGGCUAAUAUGGCGUCAUGGGCUGAUUUUAAACAAGCAAUGAUAGCUAAACAUCCAUCAACUAUCACACUAAAAUUAUCAUUUAUCAGAAUUAAUGAUUAUGAAGCACGACAACAGCAGCACAAUGAAUCAGUUACAAGUUAUUAUAUUGAAAAGAUAAACUUAGCCAAUAUGGCAUCACCCAACCUAGUGGUGAACCGAGCAGUAGAUAAUACGUUAGCAUCAGCCUUAAUUAAAGGACUCUUACCAGUAUAUCAUCAACAAUUAUAUGGUAAAUUAUCAACACUAACAACACCAGCUUUGUUUCUGUCCACAUUACAAGGUAUAGAACCGAUUAAGCUAGUUUCUGGUAUGAACUAG